AAGAAAAAGGAAAAAAAGAAAGAAAUAGAAAAAGAAAAACGAAAAACGAAAAAAAGGAAAAUAAGAAAAGAAAGAAAAAAGAAAAAAGAAGAAGGGAAAGGGAGGGAGAGGGACAGAGGGGAGAGAGAGAGGGAGAUGGUAUCAAAGUCUUAUACCAGGUUUAAAUACCGGCUUUUAAAGGGUAUUAAUGUCUUAAACCAGCUUUAA